AUGGAAAAUUUUUAUAUGCUGUGUUUAUAUGCUGUGUAUAUGCUGUGUUUGCAGGAAUGAAAAUUAAAAAGCAUAGCUAGUAUUAUCCAUCAGAGGGCUUAUAAGAUUAAUUCUUUGAGCUAAGAAUUCUAGGAAGUUUACCUAAGGAAAUAAUUGGACACAAUCUGUAUGGAAGGAAAGAAACAAAUAUAAACCCUAGUGUAGCAUAAUAAGUUCAUUUGCUAGUGUACAGGGGGUCCUGUUCACUGUUUUAGGGCGCAAAAUGUUUGCCCCUGUCUUAGGCCAUUUGUUCAUUUCUUUUAUUUGUAUAAGCCUUCCACAGGAGGCCGCAUUAGAAAUAGCAAGGUUUGAGGAACUGUUUUUAACUUUUCAAAAAUGUGUCAGAACUGAACAAGAAAAACAAAAUACCAAGAAGUAUUUGUUGUUUGUUGUCGUAGUGGUAGUGUGUGUGUCUGCUUUAGCAGGUGGUGGUUUUUGUUGGAUCUGUCAGUGCAGUGCUGGGUAUGCACGUGUGGUCACACAGAAUACUGUGAGCAGUACCUUAGCCUCAGAUGAAUGAAGGGAAGGAUAGUUUAAAUGCUUCUUCAUGGGUACACAUUCAUCAAAAGACAGCAUAGUUCAAAGUACCUGCUGUUCUAGGAUCUGGUGGCCUUGGGUCCUGGUGGCAACUUGGCUACUUCCUAGUUGGAUGAUUGGGCAAGUUCAGGUCUGCGAUUUCUACUUUAUUGUAAGUGGGAUCCAUAAAGCUGUUAAAUGCCACACACAGCUGCAUAAUAGUACCACCAUGCUCUUACUGGCAGACAGUAAUUGCUUAAUUAAUUUAAUCCUUUCAGUAGCUGCCAGGUGGGUUCAAUAUUUUAUAAUUGAGGAUGGAAAUGUUAUACAAGAGGAUCUUCAAAACAUUCACCAAAGUAAGCUUAUCCUUUAAUUCAGCUUUCCACCAGCCUUUUCCGGUGUCCCUCUUACAACUUGCCCAAGUCGCACUUUACGGGAUGGCAGAUAAUUGGCUCAUGUUGGUGUGGCAUCUCAGCGCUGUGCCCUGUCAGGGCCAGAAGAGCUGGCACUUGGGAGGCAUUCCUCCAAUGAGAUGGUACUCAAAUUCUCGUGGAGGUUAAAAGGACAUUUUUCAUGAUGAAGAAACAAAUGGGGACUACUGAAUACUCAAUUUGGAGAAGUAGAAUCUAGAAUUUUUAUAUAAACAAGAAAAAGACACCUGCCUGUUGUAUUACCUGGAGCCCUGCAUUGUUUCUAGAACUGUGUCUGGCACAUUAGGAAAUUCCAGAGGCAUGGUUACAUGGGCUGUGAGUUGAUUUUGGAUGUUAGUUUCUCAGUUGGGAGAGCCUUGACAGUUCAGGAUUUGAAGACAUCCAUCUGUUCAAGAAGCCAUGGCUUUCCAUAGACAGACAAAACCUCACUUGUUUUUCCAGUCAUUAAUAGUGAAACACAGUCAUUUGAUUGACCUGACUGAAUGUAGGACAUUAAGAUACCCUUUCUCAGUUCCACUCUUUCUGUGUAGUGGAAAUCCCUAUACUGAGAAUUUGCAAGUCCUCAGAGAAUUUCACAGCUAGGAGGAAAACUCAAGGUCCAAAUGAUAAAGUAACCUGCCCGGCAUCACACAUCUGGUUGUAAUCUCCUGAUUCCUUAUUCUCUGUUCUUCCUAACUCUGCCUGCUCUCUGGCUAGCACUUCAGCUCAGAAUCUUUGAAAGAAUAUCAUUACCAUGAUCAAGUUCUUCAGCAAAUGCUUGAUGGAAACUUACAAGAUAAAAAGUCUUGUGCCAAUUACUGAAGGUUUGGAAAUGAGAAUUGAAUUCCUGGUCUAAGUCACAAGAAACAAACAAGUAUGAUUAUGAUCUGGAUGAACAUUACAACUGAAAUAAUCAUCUAUUUAAUCAUCUAUUCUGCGGUUCUACUGGAUCAUGAACUCCUUAAAGGACAUGGCCAUAUUUGCAUGUUCCUGAUGCUUGACGUAAAUGCUUUUGGUAAUAUUUAUUGCAGGAUGGAAUCAAGUAACUUGUUAGAAAAAUAACACUUAGGAAGCAGAGUUCAGGCCAUGUUUGAUGUUUUCUGUGAAGGACGUAACAGCUGAUGGUGUAAUAGAAAAGUUGGCUUAAUGACUCACAUAGGUAAAUUGUGUGUGUGUGUAUGAAGGUACAUGUAUGCUGAGGCCCUUUUCUUCUUAUUUUUACAGAGCAGUGGGAUAAUCAAGUUAUUAUGAGUCUGCUAAACUGUGAAAACAGCUGUGGAUCUGGCCAGUCCGACAGUGACUGCUGUGCUGCCAUGGCCAGCUCAUGUAGUGCGACGACGAAGGAGGACAGUAUGAGUGGGACUGCCAGCACAGGGAACCUCUCUGGCUCAUAUAUGAAAGGUAUCCAGGGUUAUGAUGUGGAGUUUGACCCGCCCCUGGAAAGCAAGUACGAAUGCCCGAUCUGCUUAAUGGCAUUACGGGAAGCUGUGCAGACACCAUGCGGUCAUAGGUUCUGCAAGGCCUGCAUCAUCAAAUCAAUAAGGGAUGCAGGUCACAAAUGUCCAGUUGACAAUGAAAUAUUGUUGGAAAAUCAGCUGUUUCCUGACAAUUUUGCAAAGCGAGAGAUUCUUUCUCUGACGGUGAGGUGUCCAAAUGCAGGCUGUUUACACAAGAUGGAACUCAGGCAUCUGGAGGAUCAUGAAGCACAUUGUGGAUUUGCUCUUGUGAAUUGUCCCCAGUGCCAGCAUCCCUUCCAGAAGUGCCAGCUUAACACUCAUAUCCUCAAGGAUUGUCCCAGGAGACAAGUCUCUUGUAUAAAUUGUGCUGUAUCCAUGGCAUUCGAGGAUAAAGAGAUCCAUGACCAGACCUGUCCUUUGGCAAAUGUCGUCUGUGAAUACUGCAACACGGUGCUCAUCAGAGAACAGAUGCCUAAUCAUUAUGAUCUAGACUGCCCUACUGCGCCAAUUCCAUGCACGUUCAGUACUUUUGGAUGCCAUGAAAAGAUGCAGAGGAAUCACCUGGCACGCCACCUACAAGAGAAAACCCAGUUGCACAUGAGGAUGUUGGCUCAGGCUGUGCACAGUUUAAACCUUGCUUUAACUCCCAUGCCACCACGUGAUGUGCCUCAGUAUGACAUUCCCUCCCAGCCCCGGGUUCCCUCUGGCUACCCAGAGAGCCACAAUUUCCAGGAAACCAUUCAGCAGUUAGAAGGGCGGCUGGUAAGACAAGACCAUCAAAUUAGAGAGCUAACUGCUAAAAUGGAAACUCAGAGCAUGUAUGUGAGUGAGCUCAAACGAACCAUUCGAACCCUCGAGGACAAAGUUGCUGAAAUUGAAGCCCAGCAGUGCAAUGGGAUUUACAUCUGGAAGAUUGGCAACUUUGGGAUGCACCUCAAAUCCCAAGAAGAGGAGAAACCUGUUGUUAUUCAUAGCCCUGGAUUCUACACAGGCAAACCUGGAUACAAACUCUGCAUGCGCCUGCACCUUCAGUUACCAACUGCUCAGCGCUGUGCCAACUACAUAUCCCUCUUUGUCCACACGAUGCAAGGAGAGUAUGACAGCCACCUUCCCUGGCCCUUCCAGGGCACAAUACGCCUUACAAUUCUUGAUCAGUCUGAAGCACCAACAAGGCAAAACCAUGAGGAGAUAAUGGAUGCCAAGCCAGAGUUACUUGCCUUCCAGCGGCCCACAAUCCCACGGAACCCAAAAGGUUUUGGCUACGUAACUUUCAUGCACCUUGAAGCCUUAAGACAAAGGACCUUUAUAAAGGAUGACACAUUAUUAGUGCGCUGUGAAGUCUCCACCCGCUUCGACAUGGGUAGCCUUCGGAGGGAGGGUUUUCAGCCACGAAGUACUGAUGCAGGGGUAUAGCGUCCUCUCAUUUGUUCAAAAUAACUGUCUGGCCACAACUGUGCCUUUCCUUGUCCUGUUCCUGAUAAAUGCAAAAAGGAAAAACAAAACAAAACAAAACAAAAAGGUCAUGGGAAAGAUGUAAAGGCCACCAGUGAAUGUUCUUGGAAAGAUCACUUCCUGCUUCAUACUCAGGUUUUCCUCAGAAAUCUGCAUUUUCAGACAUGUUCAUUUGAAGUGCCUGUGGUGUGUGGCAAUAGCUGUCUUGUCAGCAUACUUCCUUGUUGUACUUUCAUGGGCCUUUUCUGCAAUUUGUUUGACAUUGAUAAGCCCACAGUUAGAUUGCUAAAGUUCAAAGACUUAGUAAUAAUGGACUUACCUUAAACCUCCUGCCUAUUUUUAUAGUAUUAUAUGUAAUAUAUUAAACAUGAGAAUCACUACUGCCUUGCACUAAUGUCAGCAACAAGAGUUACUGCUCUAAAAAGUCGAGUUCUCAUUUUAAUUGACCUCCUAUAGAUUUCAGGAUUUGAACCAAAAUCCUUGGAAAGCUCGAGUUCUCAUUUUCUGUAAAGAAAGUAGCAAUAUCCAGGGACUAGUUUAAGCCCUCAGUAUCACCUCACGUAUCUAGUGUAACAUGUUGUCUGUGGAAUCAUACUUGUUUAAAUGUUCCGUCCUGCGUGGCUUAUGUUUUUCCAUGAAGCCAUAGCUUCUCCUGUAGGGUUUCUGAUGACAAGCACUAUCUCCCGGCUGCUCAAGCUGAGUUCUGUGAACCCUUUAGUCUGGUCAGUGUAGAGUGACUUCCACAACCCAGCACACGCUUUCUGAUUUUGCACACACAGUUACCAACACAAAAAAUGAAGCGAUUUAACAUCGGUAGUGACAGAAGCUGAAUGAAUGCAAGUUUCUCAGCUGUAUUGAAUAUGCUCUGGUUUUGUUCAGUAGACUAGAACAAAUUGAUUUCCUGAAAAGAUAACUUCUUAUAACGUGAACAGUGACUGGAGGUGCCUGAAGGGGUCACUAAGGUUGGAAGACAUGGUGGUUACAUCACAGUUUGGCCUGAGUGGCUUGCUUUGUGCUCGGUGGGCUUGCAGAUCUGAGGAGAGUCCUGUGAAAUGUAUUGAAGCAGCCAGAUGUUCCUAAUACAGAGAGAUGAUUUUUUUUGUUACUAUGUAUUUUUUCAGGGCCUGCAGAUAUAAAAUAUGAGGAUUCCUAGCUGUCAGGAGUCCAACAGCUAGGCACUGGUAAAGAGCCUCAGAGGCUUUGUCCACGCUAUUGUCUAUGCCAAGGUUUUCAAAGUUCUCUGGUAGUGAGAGGUUCUCUGGAGGGGCCAGCUCAGAGCCCCUGGCCAGCAUCUGCGGAGGAAGCCAGGAGCACUCACUGCUCUGUGGAGGAGAAUCUGAUUGAGUUCCAGCAGCCAGCAAGCGUCACUGCGACCUUUCGCUUUUCUCUCCCCAAUUUGGUCUUCCUGUCUGGUGGGUAACACAUCGGUCCCCUGAACCACUGUCAGCACCACCGCCAGCUCAACUCUGAUUGGCUACCAGUGUGUGUACUUCUUGGCAGUGUGUCCCCCUGGCUAGCACUUAAGGCUACGGCAGCACCUUCCUCUAGGUAGCAAAACCUGCACCGCUGCUGUUCCGCUUAAAAAGGAAAUGAUCGUUUUUAAUUUGUAUACAAACAUCCUUUUAGGAAAAUAGACUAAACUCUUUGUGGUGCCUUAUUUUCUCUGUGCAUUCUAAUUUUUUAUAAAGUAGUUUUUCCAAUAAAUACUUGUAUCAAAAAAAUUAAUUGUUGCCAUAAACCUUUCUUAAACCAUUACCCCCCAACAAAAAGGAAAUAAUGUUUAAAGUGUCCCUGGUCCAAUAUCUAUUAUAAGCACCUCUGUGUCUUAGGAGCUAAGGAGUGAUUUCGUGUGUUGGUGCCAAGGGUAUGCCAUCUUCUUCCAUUACCUCAAAGCUUUUUUGCCCAACUUCAUUCUCUAGCUGCACAUUUCCCAUCUGUCAUUGAGUUUGGAUUAGAUAUUUCUAGGUCCCUCCAGCAGUAAAAAUCUGUAUUAAGAAUUUGAGUUCUGACUAGCAUAACAUUAACAGUACUUAUGAAAGGAUUUUGCUGAUAGAAAUUAUUUUCACUUUUUCUUUACUGGCAAUAAUACUUCAUUGUAGCAUCUGUCAUCUGGGUCACGUCUUAAUUAUAAAAUGAAUGAGUUUUUUUAACCUUCAACAUUUGGUGUUUUCUGAUAAGCCAACUAGCUCUUUCUAUAUUAUUCAUUGUGAAUACCGAGUAGUAAAAAUGAGCAAGCUAUCAUUCCAAGUAGAAUUUGAUAAGACUCAGCUCAAAAUCGGGACCUGGAUAGUUGGUUUUCUUUUUUCCCUAGUAUUUUUUUUAAAUCUCCUGCCCCACUGUUAAGUAUGCUGAUUUCACCUAGUUGUUGGUGUGUAAGCAUUUGAAAUCUGUAUCUGCAUUUUCUGUGCUUUAUUAUAUUCAGCUCUUGGUAUCAUUCUGGGACAUUGCUGAGAUGUGGAGGAAGAAGCAGCUUUCCUCUUUUUUUAGGAGAAACUGUACCCAGUGCCAGACGAAAGCUGCUGCGAGCCGGACAUCGUGCUGUCGGAGAGCGAGUCUGGUGCUGGCUUGUGUGGGCAGUUUAGUGCUGUCCUGUGGCUUCUGCAGCAACGACACUGUGCUGAUACAGCAGUGUGAUCCUGCUCUGACUGUGAGGAUGAAGAGUAAAGUGAAAUGAAAUGCGAGUGAGUUUCCCCCACUAAUGUUGGAUGAUUUCCAGCACUAAAUUUUUGUAACUGCUAUAAAAUGUUCCUCAUUAUGGGUUUUAUACCAAGACCUCUUAAACAGUUACUAGGAGCAUGCCUAUGAAUUAAUGCAUAUAAUUAGAAUACAUUUCUUUUUUUCAGAAGUUCAGUUGCUCAUCAUUCCUUUAUUCAGAGAUCCUAAAUUUAUCAGAAAACAUUUUUAAUUAACAUUUUUUCUAGCUUACCACUUGAAAGUUUAUGUGGUUUGGGGGGUGGUUUGUAUUGUCUUUCAAAGCCAGAGACAAGAGCACUCAUCCACUGGUUCACUGCCCAGGGCUGCACAGAAUUCAUGGUCAGCAUCCAGGAACUUAGCUCAUCCUAACCAGAUCUGCCAGAUGGAUGGCGGGAUUUACUUACUUGGGCCAUUCUCAUUGUCUCCCAUGGUAUACAUUAGCAGGAAACAGGAAUCUAGAACUAGAAUCGGGGAUUAAACUCGGGCACUCUGAUGCCGUACAUGGGUGUGAUAAUGACCGUAUGACCAAAUGCCAGCCCUAAGAAGUAUGUACAUGUGUGUAUACAUAUAUGCACACACCUGUACAUAUAUAUGUAUACAUAUGUGUACACACAUACCUAUGUAUGUACAUAAUAUGCACACAUAUUUACCUGCUUGUUUAGCCUGCUUGCUGCACUACAUGUCACCUAUGUCUGGUAAUGGUUUACAGCUCCCUGCCCUAUCCAAAUUUUUAGUGACUCAUAUUCUGAAAAGUAAUUUUGAUGGAAAAACUAUUUUUGGAAAGAGAUGAUGUAUUCCUUUGCUCAGAAAGGGCUUUCUUAGCAAGGCACUAAGCCUGCAUGUAAUGCAAGUGGGGAGGAAGGGCAGGCUCCUCCACUUUCCAGUCGUGACCCUGGAAAAUCACUAGGUGAAGGUGAAGUGCUUGUGUGACGGAACCACUGCUCACACAAUGUCCUGUGUUAGCACAAAUACCUGGCACAUGCAGCUACACACAGAAAUGUAGCAACAUGUGAUAGAAACAGUGGGCGAGACUGACUGCUGGUAGCUUGCUUGUCAUGUGGGUUUUAGGUGUCAAGUUACAGACGUGAGACAACUCAGGAUUUGUGUAAAAAGAAUAUCCACCGGGUGGAAUGUUCAGUAACAUUUUGUUCAGUUGGCCUUAUCACUUAAUAGAUGGUACUUGAGUUCUCAAGUUUGGUUUCUCUUAAAAUCUUACUCUUAAAAUAAUUGAGCAAUUCUGAUUAACCUGUCUUAAAGUCUUUGGGGAGAACUUGUGGUAUUCGUGAUGCAACCAGAAAUGCAGUCCUCACAUUAAGAUAAAUGGUGAACUGUUGUGUGAAUGACACUGAGUUGGAACCUUAUUUGUUUGGCCAGAGGGAUAUUUUUUAUAAUGGAUUUAUUUGAAAUUCCUUGGACAUUUGUGCAGACCAUUCUGUUAUUUUUACUCUUGAUAAAUUAUCCAAUUGGUUUCUCUGGUUAGAGUGUAAUUUGGGACACAUUUUGCUUAAACAAGUUUCUAGGAUUCUGUUCCCUGAGGGCUGAAGAUGCAGUGUAAUGUAGCAUAGAACUCCUACAUCAGGAGCAGAAAUACAGGUUUCACUCCUGGCUAACCAUGGACAAAUCAGUUUUUUUUUUCUCUGUUUUUCUUCCUGUAAAGUGGGAACUAGAGUUUGAUGUUUAGUUAUUAGUUACCAUGUAGCGUCUAUUAAUGUUAAAUCUGUGUUUAAAUAAAUAU